CUUGUGCCAUGCUAGAGUGGGCUCCACUCCCCAGAAGACAGCUGCUGGAUGGCAAGUAACAGCUUUGAAGACCAUUCUGAAGAUUAAAUGGGAGACAAUACAUUGAUAUAGCAGGAAACUAACAAUUGUUGAGUCAUCUAGAACCAAAGCCAAGCACUCCAUAGUGUAACCACAUUAUUGUCUAUUUUGAAGCAGAAAUACAUAGAUUUAAAAAAAAACCCAUAAAGUAGGUAGCUCCAAACUAGAUUCUAGAAGAUGUCAGUGAACACCCCUUCCAACUCAGUGCCCAGUAUUACCAGUCGUUUUCAAGUCCAUGUCAUAAACGAGGGCCAUGGCAGUGGUGCAGCCAUGAGUGACAGCACAGACCCUCCACAUUAUGAAGAGACCUCUUUUGGAGAUGAAGCCCAAAACAGACUGAGAAUCAGCUUUAGGCCUGGCAACCAGGAGUGCUAUGACAGCUUCCUCCAAAAUGGAGAUGCUGCCAAAUCAGACACCACAUUUCAUGUCUACGACUCUCACACAAACACGUACUACCUACAAACCUUUGGCCACAACACCAUGGAUGCUGUCCCCAAGAUUGAGUACUACCGCAACACAGGCAGUGUGAGUGGGCCCAAGGUCAACCGGCCCAGCCUGCUGGAGAUCCACGAGCAGCUGGCCAAGAAUGUGACGGUGGCCCCUGGUUCAGCUGACAGGGUUGCUAAUGGCGAUGGGAUGCCCGGAGAUGAACAAGCAGAAAAUAAGGAAGAAGACACGUCCGGGGUUGUGAAGUUUGGAUGGGUGAAAGGUGUGCUGGUAAGAUGCAUGUUGAACAUCUGGGGAGUCAUGCUCUUCAUUCGCCUCUCCUGGAUUGUUGGAGAAGCCGGAAUUGGUCUGGGAGUCAUCAUCAUCGGCCUGAGCGUAGUAGUGACGACACUCACAGGUAUUUCUAUGUCUGCCAUUUGCACAAAUGGAGUAGUUCGAGGAGGUGGAGCCUACUACCUGAUUUCCCGGAGCUUAGGGCCUGAGUUCGGUGGAUCCAUAGGCUUGAUCUUCGCUUUCGCUAAUGCAGUAGCUGUCGCCAUGUAUGUGGUGGGGUUCGCGGAGACUGUGGUAGAUCUCCUUAAGGAGAGUGACUCAAUGAUGGUAGAUCCAACCAAUGACAUCCGGAUAAUUGGUUCCAUCACCGUGGUGAUUCUUCUCGGCAUCUCAGUAGCUGGGAUGGAGUGGGAAGCAAAGGCUCAAGUGAUUCUCCUGGUCAUUCUUCUCAUUGCCAUUGCAAACUUCUUCAUUGGAACGGUCAUUCCAUCCAACAAUGAAAAGAAAUCCAGAGGCUUCUUCAACUACCAAGCAUCCAUAUUUGCAGAAAACUUUGGGCCAAGCUUCACGAAGGGUGAAGGUUUCUUCUCCGUCUUUGCCAUCUUUUUCCCAGCUGCCACUGGGAUCCUUGCUGGUGCCAACAUCUCUGGAGACCUGGAGGAUCCCCAGGAUGCCAUCCCCAGAGGAACCAUGCUGGCCAUUUUCAUCACCACUGUUGCCUACAUAGGUGUUGCUAUUUGUGUAGCGGCAUGUGUGGUCAGAGAUGCCACUGGAAGCAUAAAUGACACCAUCGCUUCUGGGAUCAACUGCAACGGAUCUGCUGCCUGUGGGCUGGGCUACGACUUCUCGAGGUGUCAGCACGAACCAUGUCAGUAUGGGCUGAUGAACAAUUUUCAGGUCAUGAGCAUGGUGUCAGGGUUCGGCCCCCUCAUCACCGCGGGGAUCUUUUCAGCAACACUCUCUUCAGCCCUGGCCUCCCUAGUCAGUGCGCCCAAAGUAUUCCAGGCUCUGUGCAAGGACAACAUCUUCAAAGGACUGCAGUUCUUCGCAAAGGGCUAUGGGAAAAACAACGAGCCCCUGAGAGGAUACUUCCUCACUUUUGUGAUAGCCAUGGCAUUCAUUCUCAUUGCGGAGCUGAACGUCAUCGCGCCCAUCAUCUCCAACUUCUUCCUGGCCUCAUAUGCACUUAUCAAUUUCUCCUGCUUCCAUGCCUCAUAUGCCAAAUCUCCAGGAUGGAGGCCAGCAUAUGGGAUUUAUAACAUGUGGGUAUCUCUUUUUGGAGCUAUUUUGUGCUGUGCAGUCAUGUUUGUCAUCAAUUGGUGGGCAGCUGUCAUCACCUAUGUCAUCGAGUUAUCCCUCUACAUCUAUGUGACUUAUAAGAAGCCAGAUGUGAACUGGGGCUCCUCCACGCAGGCCCUUUCCUAUGUGAGCGCUUUAGACAAUGCUCUGGAGUUAACUACAGUGGAAGACCAUGUGAAAAAUUUCAGACCCCAGUGCAUUGUCUUAACAGGGGGACCCAUGGCAAGGCCUGCUCUCUUGGAUAUAACCCAUGCCUUUACGAAGAACAGUGGCCUGUGCAUCUGCUGUGAAGUCUUUGUGGGACCUCGCAAGCUGUGUGUUAAGGAGAUGAACAGCGGCAUGGCUAAAAAGCAGGCCUGGCUUAUAAAGAACAAAAUCAAGGCAUUUUAUGCUGCAGUAGCAGCAGACUGCUUCAGAGACGGUGUCCGGAGUCUCCUCCAGGCCUCAGGCUUGGGGAGAAUGAAGCCAAACACUCUAGUGAUUGGAUAUAAAAGAAACUGGAGGAAAGCUCCCUUGUCAGAGAUUGAGAACUACGUGGGAAUCAUACAUGAUGCCUUUGACUUUGAGAUCGGUGUAGUCAUCGUCAGAAUUAGCCAAGGGUUUGACAUCUCUCCAGUUCUCCAGGUACAAGAUGAGCUGGAGAGACUGGAACAGGAGAGACUGGCUCUGGAGGCCACAAUCAAAGACAACGAGUGUGAGGAGGGGAAGGGAGGCAUCCGAGGCUUGUUUAAGAAAGCUGGCAAGCUCAGCAUCACCAAGGCAGCCCCUAAGAAAGAGGGCAACAUCAACACCAUCCAGUCGAUGCAUGUCGGGGAGUUCAACCAGAAACUGGUGGAAGCCAGUGCUCAGUUUAAAAAGAAACAAGGAAAAGGCACGAUUGAUGUUUGGUGGUUAUUUGAUGAUGGAGGGUUAACACUUCUUAUUCCAUAUAUCUUGACUCUCAGAAAAAAAUGGAAAGAAUGUAAGUUAAGAAUCUACGUUGGAGGAAAGAUCAACCGUAUUGAAGAGGAAAAAAUUUCAAUGGCUUCUCUUCUCAGCAAAUUUAGGAUAAAAUUUGCAGACAUCCAUAUAAUUGGAGACAUCAACAUUAAGCCAAACAAAGAGAGCUGGAAAGUCUUUGAAGAGAUGAUUGAACCUUAUCGUCUCCAUGAAAGCCACAAAGAUUUGACCACUGCUGAGAAAUUAAAAAGAGAAAGUCCAUGGAAAAUUACAGACGCAGAGCUGGAAGCCGUCAAGGAAAAGAGUUACCGCCAAGUUCGACUGAAUGAGCUCUUACAGGAACAUUCGAGAGCUGCCAACCUCAUCGUGCUGAGCCUUCCAGUGGCAAGAAAAGGUUCUAUAUCGGAUAUGCUGUACAUGGCAUGGAUAGAAAUUCUGACCAGGAACCUCCCUCCUGUGUUACUAGUUAGAGGAAAUCACAAAAAUGUCCUGACAUUUUACUCUUAAAGUGUGAAAGAUGAGAAAUGUUGUAACUUGACGUCUGACUACGAAACAUGUCUGGUACUUUGUGUUGUAAAACCUCAUCUAUGGAUAUAUAAACCUCUGAAGACUAGCCUACCUGAUUCUACGUAAAUUUUGUCUUUAAAAGAAGAGUUAUUAUUAACAAGAGAUUUUCCCUGUUAGUUUCAAAAACAUCAAAAGCCAUACUGCUCCUAGAAAAACACUUUGUCAAAGUUGCUGAUAAACAAGAAAUUAAUAAAACCUUGCUGGCAUGCUUAUGAGUCAUGCUAAUCUGGAUGUGAGCUCCAGGCAAACUUAGUCUGUGGAGCCUGCUGCAUGGUCCCAGGGCACACCUCAGUCCCCAGCAGGCUCUCCAUAAGCGCUUAUUGACAGGCUGGUGUGGUGACGGCAGGUGGCAAUCACAGGAAAAGACCUGCUGGGUCAGCGGCCUGAUCUGCUUGGCCUCCUGAGAUGCUUAUGAAGAUUUAAAAAUCAAUAACUGAAAACUUUAGGAAGGACUAGAGUCUACAGAGUGUUCAAAGCAGUUACCCAAAGGUUUAUUUAAUGUGGCAGAUAAUAUGCUUACAAGUGAUCUCUGAUAAGACAUUUGCUGCCUGCUGAAGGUAUGUUAGGGAGGCGAGCAGGAGACACAUGCUCCACUUAGAUGAACUCCAGUAGAUUCUUAACAUAUAAAUAUCAAUUGUCUUCCCUGCUAAAUACUUUUAAAAUUAUCUCUUAGUACUAGUUUGCUUAUUUUUCUCUCUAAUUACUGGUUUGCACAGAUGAAAUCAAAAUAGAUGUCUCAUUGAAAAAUAAUCUCAUAAACCUUCAAUCCACUAUUAAAAAUGCAUCUAGACCCUACAUUCAUUUACUUUUUAUAGUUGUUAUAUAGGAUUUAGAGAAUAGCUAAGAUAUGAAUGGAGAAAGCUGUAAAAAUUAAGAAUACAAGAACUGAUUUUUCUUCUUGAUAGUGUGUCUAUAAUAUUUAAUCACAAAAAAACUAAAACUUGUUUAUCUGACGAAUGGCUUGGGUUUUUUUGUUUUGUUUUUUCUUGGUAUAUUUUGACUAUUCUGGGGAAAUGUGUGGGGCAAAUCAACCUGAAAUAAAAUCGUUAAAAUGUG